AUGGACGAAAACGAGCAGCGUCUGACUAUCAUACGGGAUUCCCUGCUCACGGAAAGUGUUUGUGACGGUGAGCCAAUGGUAAUACUCAAGUCCUCGACAGUCCCUGCCAAUGGUGCUUGUUCGGCUGCGCAAAGCAGAUAUAAUCUCUCGUGCUCCUGUCUUUCGGGCUUUACGAACACGACAGUGUGGGAUUUGUGCAUUCGCGCACCCGAUGCUGAGCCUAAAUCUCCGUUCCCGACAUCGAUCAGUGAGGGAAAUCCUGUUCAAGUGAGCUCGUUGACGAUGCUCGAAGUUCGUUCAGAUCUACUCACCUUCAAAAUACAAGGAGACGGAGACAACAGCAACCCUGUUCCAGUGAAUAUAGCAAAGGCUACGACAGAUGACGACAACCUGGCAAUUGUUCGGACUCAGGGCGUGUCGUCUCUCACUGAAGUAAAUCUAGCAGCCAACAAGAUUUCCAGUAUUUAUUCCAGCUUGCCAGGAUCCACCGCGGCUGUGAAUGCAAUGACUGAAAUCAAUUUGGCAAACAACAGCUUUACUGAAUUCCCGACCCAUUUGCUUCAGUUUCCAAAUCUCCAAAAGCUCGAUUUGAGUGGUAACCCCAUCACAAACUUGACUAUCACCAGCGACGAUCUUGCACUGCUUGAACAGCUUUCGAUGUUUCAAGUUGAUACCCCCGCCGGUGAAGAGGGUUGUGAUAAUGGUGAGCGACAGGAGGUGCACCACACAGAAUUUUGUGUUGUGAACAGCAUGAACACUUCUAACCCGAAGGUGGGAGCUGGAAAUUCCAAGGAAGACACAACCAAUUGGACGAUAUUCAUGCUGGUGGCUGCUUUUGGUGGAUGUCUUGUGGGUUUUCUGCUGUUCUUUGUGGCAACGAAAAUCAUACACCAUCAACAAGAGCGCCAGUCCAAGGCAGCCUCUUCUUCACCUGUGGUCGAGGAAGUCCAGACCUCGCGAGACGGUGACAGUACAACGAUCCAGGCGUUUUACAACUCGCUCCAUCCGACACUGUAUGCGGAGUUACUCAAAGACCCGGCGAUCAUACCAUUCCGACUGAAAUACAAAGAUCUCCAUGUGGGUCGCUGCAUCAGCAAGGGAGGCUUUGGACUCGUGUACGUGGGCAUGUACAAACAUCGACGUGUGGCCAUCAAGAAAAUUAUACGCGAGAAAUGUGAGAAGCUAUCUCAAAUCCGGAUGUUCAUUCGAGAGAUUACGCUCAUGGGAGCACUGAAACAUGAACGCAUCGUGGAAUUCAUCGGCGUUGCAUGGGAUUCUCUCCGAAACUUAAGUGCUGUGACGGAAUACAUGGAACGAGGUGAUUUACGAGAUGUUCUUCACAUUUUAAAGCACCGAGAAAGCACAGUCGACAAUGGACUAACGUGGCAAGACAGAAAACUCACCAUUGCACUUCACAUCGCAGAAGGACUCGCGUACAUGCACUCGCUGAAUCCCAAGGUCAUUCACCGUGAUCUCAAGUCCAAGAACGUGCUACUGAACAACGCCUAUGAGGCCAAACUCAGCGACUUUGGAGUAUCUCGAGAACGUCAAGUGGCUAACGUCGCUGACGUGCCUGGUCGAUUCAUGACUCCAGGUGUUGGUACGUCGUUUUGGAUUGCUCCAGAAGUCUUGUUGGGAAGAGAUUACGACGAACGAGCAGAUAUUUUCUCCUUUGGUGUCGUGCUCUCCGAGAUCGACACAGACGACUACCCAUACUGGAACUCUGGUACCCCAGCACAAGACAACCCCGACGAACGGCGUUCACAGGAAAAGAAAAUACUCGAGAAAGUGGCACUUGGCUCGUUGCGCCCGACAUUCUACAACGAUUGUCCGCCAGGAGUCUUAGCGCUGGCGUCAAGAUGUCUCGAAGGAAGGCCAACCAACCGACCAAGCGCAUCAGAAGUCGUGCUCACGAUCAAGGAACUGAUGCGCGAGAUGAACUUCGACCCCAAGUCUCAGCUGGAACCCGAACCAGAUCAAAUUGUCACGGAUGGCUUCCUCUCAAGAGCGUAA